UUGUGACAUGGAACACCUGGGAAUUCUGUUAGGAAUAUUGUGAACUCUCUCCUCCUUGACGGCCGAAUUGAUUCCUGAUGCACCCUUUGCCUUCCCCUUCUCCUGGUACCUAGCAAGGAGCCGAAACAGUCACAAUGACGGGAAGAAUAACACUACUUCCUGGUUAUUAUCAUGUGUCAAGCACAGGACUAAACAUUUACACAUCAUUCUGGUUUAUCCUUAUGACCACCUACUAGCACCCAUUUUGCAGAAGACGAAACUGAGGCCAGAGAGGUUAAAUAAAUACAGUGACUAUCUCAUGGAGCAUCUGCUCGGGACUCCUUGGAAGAAAACAGUCCUCUCUCUCUCUGGUCAGGGUGUGUCUGGCCUCCAGAGCCCACGGCGUGCCGCUGCGGCCCGUAGGUGCCACCCCACGGUGGCUCCACUCUGUGGAACAGGGAGCCAGGAGUUUCCUGCCUUUCUUCUCCCUGUGGCCUUGCAGGUAGCCUUUGACGUGCUGGGCUUCAGCUCCGAGGAGAAGAUCGGUGUGUAUAAGCUUACUGGGGGCAUCAUGCACUUUGGCAACAUGAAGUUCAAGCAGAAGCCCAGAGAGGAGCAGGCUGAAGUGGACACCACGGAGGUGGCCGACAAAGUCGCCCAUCUCAUGGGUCUCAAUUCUGGGGAGCUCCAGAAGGGCAUCACCAGGCCCCGGGUCAAAGUAGGCAACGAGUUCGUGCAGAAGGGCCAGAACAUGGCACAGUGCCAGAACUCCAUCGGGGCGCUGGGCAAGGCCAUCUAUGACAAGAUGUUCAAGUGGCUGGUCGUGAGGAUCAACAAGACCUUGGACACCAAGAUGCAAAGGCAGUUCUUCAUCGGGGUGCUGGACAUUGCCGGCUUCGAGAUCUUUGAGUUCAACAGCUUUGAACAGCUGUGCAUUAAUUUCACCAACGAGAAGUUGCAGCAGUUCUUCAACCACCACAUGUUCGUGCUGGAGCAGGAGGAGUAUAAAAAGGAGGGCAUCGAAUGGGUCUUCAUCGACUUUGGCCUUGACCUGCAGGCCUGCAUCGACCUCCUGGAAAAGCCCAUGGGCAUCUUCUCCAUCUUGGAGGAACAGUGUGUCUUCCCCAAGGCCACCGACGCCACGUUCAAGGCAGCCCUGUACGACAACCACCUGGGCAAGUCCAGCAACUUCCUCAAGCCUAAGGGGAGCAAGGGCAAGGGGCCCGAGGCCCACUUCGAGCUUGUCCACUAUGCAGGCACCGUGGGUUACAACAUCACGGGCUGGCUGGAGAAGAACAAAGACCCCCUGAAUGAAACAGUGGUGGGCUUGUUCCAGAAAUCAAGCCUGGGGCUCCUAGGCCUUCUCUUCAAAGAAGAGGAGGCUCCAACUGGAAGCAAGAAGCAGAAACGAGGGUCCUCCUUCAUGACCGUCUCCAACUUCUACAGGGAGCAGCUGAACAAGCUGAUGGCCACCCUCCACAGCACCUCCCCCCAUUUUGUCCGCUGUAUUGUCCCCAAUGAGUUCAAGCAAUCAGGUGUGGUGGACGCCCACCUGAUCAUGCACCAGCUGGCUUGCAAUGGAGUCCUGGAAGGCAUCCGUAUUUGCAGGAAGGGCUUCCCAAACAGGCUGCAGUACCCAGAGUUCAAACAGAGGUACCAAGUGCUGAACCCCAGCGUGAUUUCUCAGGGGUUCGUGGACAACAAGAAGGCCUCAGAGCUGCUGCUCGGGGCCAUCGCCUUGGACGUGAAUGAAUACAAAAUCGGACACACCAAGGUGUUCUUCCGAGCAGGCGUCCUGGCCAAGCUUGAGGACAUGCGGGACGAGCGUCUGGCCAAGAUCAUGACGAUGCUUCAGUGUCGGCUCCGGGGUUUCCUCAUGAGGGUCGAGUUCAAGAAGAUGCUGGAACGAAGAAUUGGCCUGAAGGUCAUCCAGCGGAACACACGCAAGUUCCUGGAGCUGCGUUUCUGGGGCUGGUGGAAGCUCUACAACAAGGUCAAGCCACUCCUGAAUGUGGCUCGGCAAGAGGAGGAGAUGAAGGCCAAGGAGGAGGAGCUGAGGAACGCCAUGGCCAAGACGCAGGAGCUGCUAAGCAAGAUCAAGGAUCUGGAGGAGAAGACGGCCAUGCUCAGCCAGGAGAAGAAUGACCUCAGCAUCCAGCUGCAGGCAGAGCAAGAGAACCUGAUAGAUGCGGAGGAGCGCCUGACCCAGAUGAUGAAGACCAAGAUGGAGCUGGAGAGCCAGAUGUCCGACAUGCGGGAGAGGCUGGAGGAGGAGGAGGGCACGUCGGCCUCGCUGAGCGCCACCAAGCGCAAGCUGGAGGGGGAGCUCAGCGACCUCAAGCGGGACCUGGAGGGCCUGGAGACCACGCUGGCCAAGACGGAGAAGGAGAAGCAGGCCCUGGAUCACAAGGUCCGCACCCUGACUGGGGACCUCUCGCUUCGAGAAGACUCUAUCGCCAAGCUCCAGAAGGAGAAGAGGGCCCUGGAGGAGCUGCACCAGAAAACGCUGGACGACCUGCAAGCCGAGGAGGACAAGGUGAACCAUCUGACCAAGAACAACAGCAAGCUUAGCACCCAGAUCCACGAGCUGGAAGAUAACUGGGAACAGGAAAAGAAAAUUCGGGCGGAAGUGGAAAAAGCUCGCCGGAAAGCUGAGAGUGACUUGAAGAUGACCAUUGACAAUCUCAAUGAGAUGGAGCGGUCCAAGCUAGAUCUUGAGGAGAUGGUGAAAAAGAGAGAUAUGGAAAUCAAUUCUGUCAACUCUAAAUACGAGGACGAGCAGUCUCUGAACUCCACGCUGCAGCGGAAACUAAAGGAACACCAGGCCCGAAUCGAGGAGCUGGAGGAAGAGCUGGAGGCUGAGAGGGCAAUGAGAGCCAAGGUGGAGAAACAACGCAGUGACCUGUCCCGAGACCUCGAAGACCUCAGUGACAGGCUGGAAGAGGCUGGGGGAGCCACGUCUGCUCAGGUCGAGCAGAACCGCAAGCGAGAGGCCGAGCUGCUGAAGCUGCGGCGGGAGCUGGAGGAGGUGGCCUUGCAGAGCGAGGCAACAGCCUCCACGCUGCGCAAGAAGCACACAGACUCCAUGGCUGAGCUGGCCGAGCACGUAGAGAACCUGCAGAGGGUCAAGUCCAAGCUGGAGAAGGACAAGCAGGUCAUGAAGGCCGAGAUCGACGACCUCAACGCCAGUGUGGAGACCAUACAGAAGUCCAAGAUGAACGCCGAGGCCCACGUCCGAAAGCUGGAAGAUAACUUAUCAGAGGCCAAUGCCAAGGUGGCUGAGCUGGAGCGGAACCAGGCGGAAAUCAACGCCAUCAGGACUCGCCUCCAAGCUGAAAACAGUGAACUGAGCCGGGAAUAUGAAGAAUCCCAGAGCCGGCUUAAUCAGAUCCUGAGGAUAAAGACGUCCCUAACAUCACAGGUGGACGAUUACAAGAGACAGCUGGAUGAAGAGUCCAAGUCCCGCAGCACGGCCGUGGUGAGCCUCGCCAACACCAAGCACGACCUGGACCUGCUGAAGGAGCAGCUGGAGGAGGAGCAGGGAGGCAAGUCGGAGCUGCAGCGCCUUGUGUCCAAACUCAACACCGAGGUGGCCACCUGGAGGACCAAGUACGAGACGGACGCCGUCCAGAGGGCCGAGGAGCUGGAGGAGACCAAGAGAAAACUGGCCGCCAGGCUCCAGGAGGCAGAAGAGACGGCCGAAGCCGCCCAGGCCCGAGCUGCCUCCCUCGAGAAAAACAAACAGAGACUCCAGGCAGAAGUUGAGGACCUCACCAUCGACUUGGAGAAGGCCAACGCCGCGGCCGCCGCCCUGGACAAGCAGCAGCGGGUCUUCGACAAGAUGCUGGCCGAGUGGCAGCGGAAGUGCGAGGAGCUGCAGGUGGAGGUGGACGCCUCCCAGAAGGAGUGCCGCAUGCACGUGACCGAGAGCUUCAAGAUCAAGACCGCCUACGAGGAGUGCCUGGAGCACCUGGAGUCGGUGAAGAAGGAGAACAAGACCCUGCAGGAGGAGAUAAAGGAACUGGUUGAUCAGCUGGGUGAGGGAGGACGGAGUAUACAUGAGCUGCAGAAAAUGAAGAAGAAGUUGGAGAUUGAGAAGGAAGAACUCCAGGUGGCCCUGGAGGAAGCUGAGUCUUCCCUGGAGGUUGAAGAGAGCAAGGGGAUUCGAAUUCAGCUGGAACUGGCUCAGGUGAAAGCUGAUAUCGACCGGAGAAUCCACGAGAAAGAAGAGGAAUUUGAAACUACGAGGAAGAACCACCAGAGGGCCAUCGAAUCCUUGCAGGCCAGCCUGGAGGCGGAAGCCAAGGGCCGGGCAGAGGCGCUUAGGCUCAAGAAGAAAAUGGAGACAGACCUGAAUGAGAUGGAAAUCCAGCUGGACCACGCCAACAAGAACAACAGCGAACUUGUGAAGACGCUGAAAAGGCUGCAACAGCAAAUCAAGGACCUGCAGAUCCAGAUGGACGAGGACGCCCGGCAGCACGAGGAGCUGCGGGAGCAGUACAGCCUGCAGGAGCGGCGCCUGAGCCUGCUGCAGACGGAGCUGGACGAGGUGCGCUCGGCCCUGGAGGGCAGCGAGCGCUCCCGCAAGCUGCUGGAGCAGGAGGUGGCGGAGGUCACCGAGCGGCACAGUGAGCUCAGCGUCCAGAACCAAAGUCUCCUCGUGGUCAAGCGUAAGCUGGAGGCUGAUGUCCAGCGCAUCUCCAGCGAACAUGAGGAGCUCAUCAGUGAGUUCCGCUCCGUCGACGAGAGGGCCAAGAAAGCCAUGACAGACGCUGCCCGCAUGGCCGAGGAACUCCGGCAAGAGCAGGACCACUGCAUGCACCUGGAGAAAAUCAAGAAGAACUACGAGGUCACCAUCAAGGACUUGCAGGCCAAGAUGGAGGAGGCUGAGCAGCUGGCCCUCAAGGGAGGGAAACGCACAAUCAUGAAGCUGGAAGCCAGGAUCAAAGAACUGGAGACGGAGCUGGACGGGGAGCAAAAACAGCACGUGGAAACGGUCAAGACGCUGCGGAAGAAUGAGCGGCGCCUCAAAGAGCUGGUCUUCCAGACGGAGGAGGACCACAAGACCAACCAGCGCAUGCAGGAGCUGGUGGAGAAGCUGCAGAACAAGCUGAAGGUCUACAAGAGGCAGAUCGAGGAGGCGGAGGAGCAGGCCAACCAGACCUUGGCUCGCUAUAGGAAGACGGUACAUGAGCUGGACGACGCCGAGGAGCGGGCCGGCAUGGCGGAGACCGCCCUGAACAAGCUGCGCACCAGACACCGCGUGGCCAGCAAAGGCAUCACGGCAGUGGAGAUCAUCCAGGUGUCCAAGACAGGCACCUCCAAAACCCUUUCUAAGGAGUGAGGUGCCACGUGUCCCAGCUCACAGCCGGGUGACACAGAUCACAACAGCAGACCACUGAGAGGAAAAAUAUAUGAAAAUGGAAAACUGGGUCUAUCCUGAGAAUGUUUA